AUGUCGGAAGCACUCAAAUCCGCGACGAGCUCCGAACCGGGUUUGUAUCGGGAAAGCUGCACGACAUCGCGUACAGGAAGUACCAGCUUGUACAACUCAUGUACCUUAUCAAGGACAACUCGGCGCGCUUUGAGGAAGCGUUCAAGAAAGAUCUGGGAAGGCCGAUUUUGGAGGCCCGUAUGCUUGAGAUUGACCGCCAAAACUCAGUGGAGGAACGUGAAGAAAUGGGCCAAGCCUACGAAACCUGCGUUCAGCGUCAAUUUCUUCGCCAUGAAGCCUAUUACGAGGCAGGAGCCCAAGGGCACCGUCCUCGUCGUUAGCCCGUUCAACUAUCCUGUCUGGCUGUCGCUUGGUCCGGUCGUAGGAGCCAUCGCCGCAGGCUGCACCGUCCUUCUCAAGCCCUCGGAGUUGACGCCAAAUAUAAGCGCCCUAAUGACCGGGUUGACCUCGAAGUACCUCGAUCGUGAUGUUGUGCGUGUGGUCAACGGAGCCGUUCUGGAGACGACGAAGGUCCUGGAGCUCCAGUGGGACCACAUUCUCUAUACCGGCGGAGGGAGGGUAGGUCCUAUCGUCGCCACUGCUGCUGCGAAACGUCUCACCCCAACAACUCUCGAGCUUGGAGGAAAGUCCCCUGUCAUCACCGACCACAACGGACCUCAAACUUGCGUCGCACCGGAUUACAUCCCACGCGACUUCCAGGACAAGUUCGUCCAAGCGCUUAAAGAGGUCUACGAAGAGUUCUACCCUGACACACACAAACACGCUGCCGCUUCCGACUCCUUCAGCCGGAUGAUCACUCCUCAAGCCACCGCUCGUGUCGCCUGCUUGCUCGAGAAAACUCAAGGCAAGAUCGUCUUCGGCGGAGAGGUCGACCAGGAGAAUAAAGAGCACCCACUUGCGCUCUACGUCUUCUCGCAGGACGACCAAGUCAAGUCCAAAGUCUUCGACAGGACGCAAAGUGGUGCCGUCGUCGCCAACGAGACCGUCAUUCAUUGCGGGGCUGAGAGAUUACCAUUUGGUGGUGUAGAUGCCAGCGGAUAUGGCAUGCACACAGGCCGGUACAGCUUUGAUAUGUUCACGCACUUCAGAGCGUCCAUGGACUCCUCAGGAUGGUACGCCUCUACUCGUGCCUUCCCGUACGCUGAUCUCAGUUUGAACCCUCUCAAGAUCGACACCAUCCUCAAGUUCCGCUAUCCUCCGUAUAAUGUGCGCCUCAGCUUCUCUUCCCUUCCCCCAGGCUGA